AUGGAUGACAGAUUGGUGCCGGACCAUCCGAAGGCACCGACAUUCCGGGAAACACCGAAUUUCAUCACCGUUGAAACAAGGGUAACAUCUAUGCACUUGGGGAAGGAUAGAAAGUUUUCUAAACAAACAGCAGGCGUAAUGUUAGCUCGUGUUCGCAAUGCUGUCGGAGGGGUGGAACGAAUGGUAUGUAGCACUAUUCAUUAUUAUAAAUCCCGUAUCAACUAUCGUAGAUUGUCCAUUAUAGGUAAAUGGCACAGCAUCCGUAUGGUCUCCAAUAUAACCACCCGCCUCGGACAGGUGGACCUCCGGUGGAUCAGGGCUAUUCUAAAGGGACCGAAGAGCAGCAGAGCUAG